UUCUGGGUUUCUCCCUCCAUUUAUCUUUAAUCAUUUCUCUCUUUCUCUCAAUCACGGGGUAAAGAACGAAAAAGAAACAGGGUAAUUGUUUGGCUCCUAGAUAUCUGCAAAAUAUCUAGUCAUUUGGGAAAAACACGGGGUAAAGAACGAAAAAGAAACAGGGUAAUUCGUUUUUCUGCCAUUUCUUCCAUUUCAUGUAAAGAUUUUUAAAUUUUCUUUUUGCCCCUUUUCUUCGUUUACUGUAAAUGGGUAUCUUUAAAUCUUCUUAAAAUUGAUGGGUCUCCAGCAAACUUCAUUUUUUAAUGGUGUAAUGUUGCAAAAUCAAGAAUUCUGAAUAAUGGGUAUGUAGGUUAAUCAAGUCCUAAAAUGAGGAGGAUGAGGGAAGGAAGGCUGAGUUCUCUCACUUAUAAAGGCGUGAAGAUCGUCCCUCUGUGUCUUAUGAUUAUAGUAUUAUGUGGAGUUUCAAUUUAUUUUGAUGGGGUUUUCAUUCCCUUGAAAACACCCAUUGAUGCUAAAGACAAUGUCAUCUCCUUUCCUGAAUGUGACAUUGAUUAUCAAGACUACACUCCAUGCACGGAUCCUAGGAGAUGGAACAAGUAUGGUUAUCAAAGGCUUACUUUCUUGGAACGACACUGUCCACCAAUAUUUGAAAGAAAAGAAUGCUUGGUGCCUCCACCUAAUGGGUAUAAACUACCAAUCAGAGGUCCAAUGAGCAAGAAUGAGUGUUGGUACAGAAAUGUGCCAUAUGAUUGGAUCAACGAGCAGAAGUCUAAUCAGAAUUGGCUGAGGAAAGAAGGCGAGAAAUUCGUCUUCCCUGGUGGAGGUACUAUGUUCCCUAAUGGAGUUAGUCAAUAUGUAAAUCUUAUGGAAGACUUGAUACCACAAAUGAAAGACGGGACAAUUCGUACUGCUAUCGACACUGGCUGUGGGGUUGCGAGCUGGGGAGGUGAUUUGUUGGAUCGGGGGAUUCUAACUGUGUCUCUGGCCCCAAGGGAUAACCAUGAGGCACAAGUCCAAUUUGCCCUGGAACGCGGUAUUCCAGCAAUUCUAGGUGUCCUUUCAACGCAACGGCUUCCAUUCCCUUCUAAUACAUUUGAUAUAGCUCAUUGUUCAAGAUGUCUGAUCCCCUGGGCCGAGUUUGGUGGAGUGUACCUCAUGGAAAUUCAUCGUAUAGUGCGUCCUGGUGGAUUUUGGAUUCUCUCAGGACCUCCUGUCAACUAUCAAAACCGCUGGAAGGGAUGGAAUACUACAGCUGAGGAGCAACGAAGGGACUACGAGAAACUACAGGAGUUGCUUACUUCGAUGUGCUUCAAGCUGUAUAAGAAAAAGGAUGAUAUUGCUGUGUGGCGGAAGGCGUCUGACAAUAGCUGCUAUAAUAAGAAGCUCGCUUACCCCGAAGCUUACCCUCCUAAGUGCGACGACAGUCUAGAGCCUGAUGCGGCUUGGUACACACCUCUUCGCACAUGUGUGACAGUUCCAAAUCCAAAGCACAAGAAUUUGGGCUUGAAAUCAAUACCCAAAUGGCCACUGCGAUUGACUACUGCACCAGAUCGCCUCUCUGGUGUUCCUGGUGCUAAUGCCGGUACCUUCAAGCAAGAUGAGAGCAAGUGGAAGGUCAGAGUGAAGUAUUACAAGAAAUUGAUCCCGGCCCUUCGAACUGACAACAUACGCAAUGUCAUGGAUAUGAAUACAUUGUAUGGGGGUUUCGCAGCUCGACUAAUUGAGGAUCCCGUUUGGGUUAUGAACGUGGUGUCCUCGUAUGGCCUUAACACAUUGCCUGUGGUUUAUGAUCGGGGGCUCAUUGGCACUUAUCAUGACUGGUGUGAGCCAUUCUCGACGUACCCUAGAACAUAUGAUUUUCUUCACGCGGAUGGACUCUUUACUGCUGAAAGCCACAGGUGCGAUAUGAAGUACGUGCUCUUAGAAAUGGACAGAAUCCUACGACCUAAUGGAUAUGUUAUCAUUCGGGAAAAUAACUACUUUAUGGAUAAGGUUGAUGCUAUCGCAAAGGGGAUGAAAUGGGAAUGUCGUAAGGAAGAAACCGAGUAUGAUAGUGAGAAUGAAAAGAUAUUAGUUUGCCAGAAGAAACUGUGGUACUCUAAACAGUCUUUGAAAUGACAAUUGAGCUCUUUUAAGUCAGAUUCAUAGAGUUUUGUAGUAGAGUUAGUUUUAGAGUUAUAGCAAGGCAAAGCAUAUAUGUGAUUCUUUGUGGAUUUUAUAGAACAAAGUAGGGGUUUCACACUGAUAUUUGUCGAUUUUAAGGAAUAGUAGAAAUAAUAACAUCUUAUCAUAAUCUCAUUCAAAAGU